GAAGUCGCCCGGCUGACAGUUGGCGGAGGCAUGCAAGUCGACAGCAAUGACACCGUUGAGAUCAAUGCCGAAGUUCUUCAGAGUAUCAUUACAACUAUGGAGAUGCUCACAAAAAAGCUGGACGCCCUUCAGCUUGCAGUAGAUAAGAGCAGCCAAGCCGGCCCAGUAGCGCUCCUUACAGACCUGGGGGAUGAUGAUGUGAAACCCUUCGAUAUGGAUUCGGUAGACGAAAAACCCGUGAAAAGACGUCAAAGAGGUUCGAAGUCCCGUGUCGAGAAGCUUUUUCUGGUAGGUGCCCAUCUCCCGAUCACGGACAUCGAUCUAACUGCCUCCAGCAACAUGUCCGAGCACAUGCCCAUCAAGCUCUCGGUAUAA